CCGAGCAGCAGCUACUCCUGCCAUGGUGCCCGUUUUGGUCUCCAUGAGUCCCUCCCGCCUGGGGCUAUGGGCCGCGGCAUUCGUCUUGGUCCUGAUCCUCCUCAAAUUUGUUAGCUUGCUGCUUCGGAGGCAGAUGCUGGCGAAGGCGAUGGACAACUUUCCCGGGCCCCCCACCCAUUGGCUCUUCGGGCACGCCCACGAGAUCAAGAAGUUAGGAGCCCUGGACAAGGUGGUGUCCUGGGCUAAUCAGUUCCCCUACGCCCACCCGCUGUGGUUUGGACAGUUCCUGGGUUUCCUGAACAUCUACGAGCCUGAAUAUGCCAAAGCUGUAUACAGCCGAGGGGACCCCAAGGCUGCAGAUGUGUAUGACUUCUUCUUGCAGUGGAUUGGGAAAGGGCUACUGGUCCUCCAGGGGCCCAAGUGGUACCAGCACCGCAAACUGCUCACACCCGGCUUCCAUUAUGACGUGCUAAAGCCCUACGUGGCCAUUUUUGCGGAGUCCGCAAACAUCAUGCUGGACAAGUGGGAGAAAAGGGCUUGUGAGGAGAAGAGCUUUGACAUCUUCUGUGACGUGGGCCGCAUGGCACUGGACACACUCAUGAAAUGUACCUUUGGCAAAGGAGACAGCGGCUUGUGUGAAAGGGACAACGAGUACUACUUGGCGGUCAGCGACCUCACGCUGCUGAUGCAGCAGCGCAUUGAGACCUUUCAGUACCACAAUGACUUCAUCUACUGGUUCACCCCGCACGGGCGCCGCUUCCUGCGUGCCUGCAAGGUGGCGCAUGAUCACACAGACAAGGUCAUCAGGGAGCGCAAGGAAGCGCUGAAGAACGAGAAAGAGUGGCAGAAGGUGCAGAACCGCAGGCACCUGGACUUCCUGGACAUCCUCCUGGGCGUUCGGGAUGAAAACGGGGUCAAGUUGUCAGAUGCAGACCUCCGGGCUGAAGUGGACACGUUCAUGUUUGAAGGCCACGACACCACUACCAGUGGCAUGUCCUGGUUUCUCUACUGCAUGGCCAAGUACCCCGAGCACCAGAGUCGCUGUCGGGAGGAAAUCCGAGAGAUCCUUGGGGACCGGGACACCAUACAAUGGGACGAUCUGGGCAAGAUGACCUACCUGACCAUGUGCAUCAAGGAGAGUUUCCGCCUCUACCCACCCGUGCCCCAGGUGUAUCGCCAGCUCAAUAAGCCUGUCAGUUUCGUGGAUGGCCGCUCUCUUCCUGCAGGUAGCCUGGUGUCUCUGCACAUCUAUGCCCUCCACAGGAACAGCGCUGUGUGGCCAGAUCCUGAGGUCUUUGACCCCCUGCGUUUUUCCCCUGAGAAUUCAUCUGGACGCCACCCCUUUGCCUUCAUCCCCUUCUCUGCGGGGCCCAGGAACUGCAUUGGGCAGCAGUUUGCGAUGAAUGAAACGAAGGUAGUCACGGCCCUCUGCUUGCUCCGUUUUGAGUUUUCCCUGGAUCCCUCUAAGCUCCCCAUCCAGAUUCCUCAGCUGGUCCUGCGCUCCAAGAAUGGCAUCCACUUGCACCUGAAGUCGUUGAGGGCAGGCUCUGGGAAGUAGCUCUGCUGAGAGAAGGGCCUCAGACACUCUGCUCUGGGACCCUGGGCACUACUCUCUUGGGUUGGCUCAUGGAAUGGCUGGGGGCUCCCUCCUUUUGGAAAGCUUGUAGUUUAGAAGAGGGGUAGACACCACCUUAGUUAAUCCCCUCAAGGGCUAUGCUAUGAAAACGUGUAUUUAUCAUUAAACGAAUUAAAGAACUUGCUCAUUCACCCAACAAACAUGGAGAGCAUUGACUUGCUUGCAUAAUAUUUAUUUAUCUCACAGCUCACUAUAGAGCUAUAAUGUAUCAGAAACUCAUUUCAAGCCAGAUGACAGAGAACACAAUUGAAGCUAUGCCUUUGAAUCAUAAUUAACACCACAAAAAACUCACUAUUAUUGUUUGGAGUUUCCCCCCCAGAAUCAGGCCUGCUGAAAAGGAAGCAUUUGAUAAUUUCUUUUCCAUUGCUGAGAAUGAAGAGAUAUGAGGUUUUGGAUUUCUGUAUUUUAGUAUUUUAGUAACUAAGUCCAAGGACAUUUCUGCCGGAAAUUGCAUCAUUGCAACCUCAAACCUCCCAUUAGUGGUCCUCAUAAGAUGGCGGUCACCACGCCGUGCCCCACCGGCAAGGAACAGGGGAGAGAGAACAACCUUUCUCUUCCUGGGGCGAAAUGGAGCCUCGGUUUAGUUCCCAGUCUAGAGACAUUUCUGCAAGAAGCUGCUGGUACCAAAAGUAGAUUAGAUGGCCUCUGGAAUCAUGCUCGUGCAGAAGCGGAGAGGCCGCACACGUGCAGCUGCCAGGGUUACAUCUUGGCGGAGCAAUGUACCAAAUGUAAAGUCUUUUUAACCAGUCAUCAGUUCUCAGGCUUUCAGGUUUUUUUUUUCAGAUUCUGGCUAUUCUAAACAGUGCUGUGAUGAACAUACAGGUGCAGAUGUCAUUUUGACUGUACUUUUUUUGACUCUUUGGGAUAUAUUCCCAAAAGUGGAAUUGUUGGGUCAAAUGGAAGCUCAAUUUCUAAUUUUCUGAGAAGCGAUCAUAUUGUUUUCCAAAAGGGCUGAAGCAGUAAGCAUUCCCAACAGCAGUGUAGGAGGGUCCCUUUCUCCCCACAUCCACGCCAACAACAGUUUCUUUCGUUCUUUUGGAUGUGAGCCAGUCUCUGUGGUGUGAGGUAGUAUCUCAUAGUUGUUUUGAUCUGCAUCUCCCUGAUGAUUAGUGAUGAAGAGCAAUUUUUCAUAUGCCUUUUAGCCAUUCGCAUUUCUUCCUUGAGUAAGUUUCUGUUCAUAGCUAAAAUAUGGAAACAACCUGAGUGCCCUAAAACAGAUGACUACAGAUGACUGGUUAAAGAAACUUUGGUACAUCUACACAAUGGAAUACUAUGCAGCUAUUUGGAGCAAUGAAGUCAUGAAAUUUGCUUAUAAAUGGAUAGACAUGGAGAGUAUCAUGCUAGGUGAAAUGAGUCAGAAAGAGAAGGACAGACACAGAGGGACUGCACUCAUUUGUAGAGUAUAGAAUAACAUCAUAUGAGGAUGACACCCAAAGACAGUAGAUACAAGGGCCAGAGGGAUUGCCUUAUAGCUGGAAGACUGCUUCAUGAAUGGAGGGGAGAAGGCAGAUGGAAUAAAGAAUGGAUCACUAAGAAAAUGAUGGCUGGAGGAACCAGUUGGGAUGGGAGAUGCAUGCCGAAAGUAGAUAAUGGACCAAACAUGAUGACCUCUCAGUGUCUGUGUUGCAAGCCAUAAUGCCCCAAAGUAGAGAGAGUAUGGGGAAUAUUGUCUGCCAUAGAGGCAGGGGGAGGAUGGGAAAGGGGGUUAUACCUGGGAUAUUGGUGGUGGGGAAUGUGCACUGGUGGAGGGAUGGGUGUUUGAUCAUUGUGAGAUUGUAACCCAAACGUGAAAGCUUGUAACUAUCUCACGGUGAUUCAAUAAAAUAAAAAAAAAGAAAGUUUCUGUUCAUUUCUUCGCCCCAUUUUUUGAUGGGGUUGGAUGUUUCCUUCUUCUAGAGC